AUCUGUUAUUUCAUUUGCUUGGACAUUCGCGACCUUGGCUGCACCGCACCGGUUGGAAUACGUGUUACAUAACCAAAAUGCAUAAAACGCCACUCUUACUUUUCGUUCUGCUUGCAUUAUCGCAAGGCCUUGCCGCGCCAACGCAAGACACUUCCGGCGAUGACGCUGCUGACGGCUCAACUAGUCAAGCACCAGAAGCUCAGCCGUCGGAUGCGGCCGCGGUCCAGCCCACGCCAGAACCGGCAGCUGCCAGUGGACCACAGAAUGUUCAAAGUGCUGCCCAGUCGCAAAGUGCUAGUGCGGCCGCCGACAACUCCAAAUUAGAUGAUUCGCAAGCUCAACCGGAAGCCGCGAACCAAACCAGUGAAACGCCUGAGCCGGCUCAAAGGUCAACUGCUGGCGACGUACAAAACCCUCUGGUGGGCCAGCCCGACAGACCGGGUUCCAUUCCGUUCAAGCGACCGGAUUCCGGUUCGAUCAGCCUCGAGCAACCUGACCACAUCGCGGAGUACAUCCAACAGAUUCGGAAGCCGAGUCUGCGAAUCACAAUCGAUUCUGUUAACGAGGGCGUCAAAAAGAAGAACAAGAACUCCUUCCAGGAUGACAACAUCAAAAUCAAAAAGAUGAACAAAACCGUUUCGACCCGCAAUGGUCAGGUGCAGACCUUCGAAGGGCCAGGUUUCAACAUGCGAACGGCGGUUCUGACCGAAAACAACGACGAUAAGUCCAAGAGUAAGGUGGUCACCAAAACCGAAACCGAGCGCAACUUCACGCGCAACCGUGACCGUCUGACACAGUUUGUGGGUACGCUCAAUACCGACGAAUUCUCUUCCGCAUUGUUAACUGACCACGCUAAUCGCGGGGUCAGUGGCAGUGUGCGUCAGACGGUGGACGGCAACCGCGAGACGCAUCUGAAGAAACAGAGUCGCAACAGUUUAACACGCGGCAGUUUCCUGAAGGCGGCUAAUUUGUCCAUUAAGGCUAGGUACCAGUCCGAUUCGUUUAGCAAUCGCGAGCACCAGGUGUCCGAUCUGAUUUUGGGGGGCGCUUCGGGCUUCGGUGAUUCGUCGUCGGAUGACUCACAAGACCAGGCACCGGCGGCUGCUUCGGGAUCGGCGUCUGCCGGAUCCGCGUCAGCCGAAUCGGACGACCAGCAAGAUGACUAAUUCAAUGAAUCAACGGGCUGCGUUGGAAAUGUCUUUUACUGAAGUAGCAAGAUCACUAAUUCUAUGCUGGCUUAUUCUAUGCUUUUUGUGCAAUUUUUCGCAUAUUAACAAAUUAAAAAGUACGUGACAAAGUGCAUUUCUAUCGUGAUUGAUAUGCCAAACCACCGCAGUUUGUUACAAUUAAUCGUUUGUACCAAGUACCAACCGGAACAAUGUCAAUAGUCAUCUGAAACAUUAAUUGUCAUCAGCGUUCUACAGAAACGACCACGCGCGCC